GCAGAUCCCUCCGGCAAACGGCAAAUACCCCCCCAUCUUCUAUACCCUUGCCCGCAUCAAUUCGACAUAUUACUCCUGGGAGGGGGCAUCAAUUGGGCCACACUCUGGAUUCGAGCUCAAUUCUGACAUUGAAGAGCGACCACCAUCGCAUAUAAAACUCAGACCGCACUGCGAAAGCUCAGACGACCAAGGCGACAUCUCGAUUGCACUUCGCUGCUGGGGAAGCAAAAAGCAGCCAGCCUACGCAUCUUGCAUCUCCAAUUCAUCCAAAAUGGCCUCUUCUGCUUCCAUCACCGGGCUCUUCAGCCGCCUCUCCCUCCUCUCACGAAACACCACCACCACCGCAACCAUGACAACAACAACAACCCCACGCCUCUUCUCGACAACCUCAACCUCUCUCGCCCGCAAGGCUCCUCCCCCAGCAGCCGGCGGCUCUGCCCCCAAAGCCGCCCGCCGCAGCCGCCAGGCCCCGAAAUCCGAAAACUUCUUCCGCAUCCGCACGCUGCGCCGCAACAUGUUCUCGCCGGCACCUCCCCCGCUGCGCAUGGCUCGCCUGCGAUACCUGCGCCACUGGACCAUCCACCGCGCCUGGCAGCUCUUCCGCCGGAAGCAACACGAGGCCAUUGAGAAGGAGAGGAGCAGGAUGCACGCCGGCAUGUACAACGCCUGCGAGGAGCUGCGGAAGACGGUUGGGCCUGGAUCGAGGGGAGAGGGGUACUUGUACCGAGUUGCGAUGGAGAAGAAGGGCGUUUAUGGACUUGAGGGUGUGCCGAUAGAGUAUGCUCGAUUCCAGACGGACAGUCCGGCGAAAGAGGCGUGGAACCACGACUGGAAGAGGUAGAGAGUACGAAGUGGAUAAACGGGAGAGGAGGAAAGAUUGAACAUAAAAAAAAGAGAAACGAGAUAGACACGUUAUGUACGAAUAUUAAGCAUUGUAUAGUAUUACAGCACAUAAGAAAACCUUUACUGGUAUCUUGA